UAGUUUGAGUCAUUUCCACAUCUUGCGAGUCCUUCCGAACGAGUCUCCUUUGCUUGGGACUCGCAACCACCCAAUGAUCGAUUCAGGAGAAAAGAAGUCUGGGCGGAGAACAAAGGAGGCAGUGACCUUCAAGGACGUGGCUGUGGUCUUCACUGAGGAGGAGCUGGGGCUGCUGGACCCUGCCCAGAGGAAGCUGUACCGAGAUGUGAUGCUUGAGAACUUCAGGAACCUGCUCUCAGUGGGGCAUCAACCAUUCCAUGGGGAUACUUUCCACUUCCUAAGGGAAGAAAAGUUUUGGGUGAUGGAGACAACAAGCCAAAGAGAAGGGAAUUCUGGAGGCAAGAUCCAAACUGAGAUGGAGACUGUUCCAGAAGCAGGAACACGUGAAGAAUUUUCCUGCAAGCAAAUUUGGGAACAAAUUGCAAGUGACUUAAUCAGGUCUCAAGAUUCCACCAUAAGUAACUCUCAGUUAUUUGAACAAGAUGACAGCCCCUCCCACAUUAAAGCAAGACUAUCUACAGUUGACACAAGAGAAAAACCUUUCCAGGGUGAAAAGUGUAAACAGUCCUUCAGUGAUUUUUCCAUCUUUGAUCUUCCUCAGCAGUUAUAUUCAGGAGAGAAGUCUCAUACCUGUGAUGAGUGUGGAAAAAGCUUCUGUUACAUCUCAGCCCUUCAUAUUCAUCAGAGGGUCCACAUGGGAGUGAAAUGCUAUAAGUGUGAUGUAUGUGGUAAGGAAUUUAGUCAGAGCUCACGUCUGCAAACUCAUCAAAGAGUCCACACUGGAGAGAAACCAUUCAAAUGUGAGCAGUGUGGGAAAGGCUUCAGAUGUAGAUCAGCACUUAAAGUUCAUUGCAAAUUACACAUAAGACAGAAACCUUAUAAUUGUGAGAAAUGUGGGAAGGCUUUCAUGCACAAUUUCCAGCUUCAGAAACAUCAGAGAAUUCAUACUGGGGAGAAGCCAUUCAAAUGCGAAAUAUGUGGUAAGAGUUUCUGUCUUAGGUCAAGUCUUAAUAGGCAUUGCAUGGUCCACACAGCAGAGAAACUGUACAAAUCUGAAGAGUACGGAAGAGGUUUCGUUGAUAGGCUAGAUUUGCAUAAGCAUCAGAUGAUUCAUAUGGGACAGAAACCAUAUAAUUGUAAAGAAUGUGGGAAGAGCUUCAAAUGGUCCUCAUAUCUUUUGGUCCAUCAACGAGUCCACACUGGAGAAAAGCCAUACAAAUGUGAGGAGUGUGGGAAGGGCUACAUUAGUAAGUCAGGUCUUGACUUCCACCAUAGAACCCACACGGGAGAGAGAUCUUAUAACUGUGAUAACUGUGGGAAGAGCUUUAGACAUGCUUCUAGUAUUUUGAAUCAUAAGAAACUCCACUGCCGAAGAAAACCAUUGAAAUGUGAAGACUGUGGAAAGAGGCUUGUAUGCCGGUCAUACUGUAAAGACCAACAAAGAGACCACAGUGGAGAAAACCCAUCCAAAUAUGGGGUCUCACUUUGUUGCCCAGACUGGUCUUGAACUCCUGGCAUCAAGCAGUCUUCCUACUUAGUAAAGACAGAGCACUUAACCAUGGCUACCAAAUUAGCAUGUGAGCCAAGCUUUCCAUUAUGAAUUGGGUGUAGUUGGCCACUCCAUAUCUUUAAAUUGUAUGUGCACAUUGGUAUUCCACUUGGAAGUGGUAUAUAUGAGAUUGGGUUGGAGCAGGUCCUGAAGCCACAGGUAAGUGCCCCUAAGGCCCAUUGUUCCUACUCCUGCUAUAGUACCAUCAGAAUGAGUGAACAUGAAGAUAAGUCAUAGGAAAUUAUUGUGUCUCAGAAGAAAAAAAAGAAAUGAGUAAAAAUACACAAAACCCAAGGCACCAUAUAUGCAUUAUAGGUGUCCUAGGAGGAGACAGAAAAAGUCAAAGAGAGCUUUACAGAAAUAAAGGCCAAAAACUUCUCAGAUAUGAAGAACACAUUAUUCUGUAAAUCCAAGCUCAAUGAAUUUCACAUAAGAUAAAAUCAAAGAGACCCAAUUGAGACAUAUUAUUAAAAAUUAUUGGAGGACAAAGACAAACGAAAAUUUUGACAGCAGCAAGUCCAAAAUGACUUGUCAUGUACAAAGAAUCUUCAAUAAGAUGUCAGCAGAUUUUCAGCAAACAUCUGAGGACAGAUGAUAUAUUCUCUGCUGAAAAAACCAAAAACACACAGUUGUCUACUGAGAGAUCAAUAUUCAGCAAAACUGCCCUUCAAACAUGAGAGAUAAGUUAAUACUUUUCUAAAGAAACAAAAGCCAAGAGAGUCCAUUACCAGAAGACAAUUUAUGUGAGAAGUUAUAAAGGUAUGCCAUCAAGCUGAAGUGAAAGGAUGCUAGACAGCAACUUGAAACCAUAUGAAAACAUAAAUAUCUAAAGUAAAUAAAAUUACAUGAAUGAUGUAAAACUCACCAUUUUUGUAAUUUUAAUUUUUACUCCACUUUUUAUUUUGUACACUAUGUAAUAGGAAAAUGCAUUAAAAUGAUUGUAAAUCUAUGUGAAUGGGUACACAAUAUGUAUAGUUGCAAUACAUGAUACCAGUCACAUAACAUGAAGGGAAGCAGAAGUUGUGAAGGAGUAGCGUUUUUGCAUGUGACUGAAGUUAAGUUGGUAUCAAUUUUAAAUAGAUGGUUAUAACUUUAGACCGUAGCAUGUAGAAUGUUAUGUUUCUUCAAAUAAAGAAAAUAUCAGUGAGACACACAAAGGGAAAUGAGAAGAGAUUCAAAAUGUAUCACUACAGAAAAAGAACUCAACAUAAAGGAAGGCAGUAAUGGAGGAAAUUACGGGCAAAAGGCAGUAAGACGUUUAAAAAAUAACAAAAUGGUAAGACCUUUCCUACAAAUAAUGAGUUUAGUGUAAAUGAAUGAAACUCCUCAACCAAAAGAUGUUCACUGGCAAAACCAUUGAAAAAAAUAGUAUCCAAGUGUGUGCUCUGCACAAGGGAUAUGCUUAAAUCUAGUGAGAUGCAUAGAUUGAAACUGAAAGGAUGGAAAAAGUUAUUCCAUAUAAAUAGUAAUAAAAAGAGAGCAAGGGUGGCUUUACUAAGGGCUAGAUUAGACUUUAAGUGAAAAAUUGUUAGAAGAGACCAAGAAGAACAUUAUAUAUUACUAAAAGGAUGAUUUCACCAAGAAGAUAUAACAAUUAUAAACAUAUGUGCACCAAACAUCAGAGCUCCUAAUUAUAUGAAGCAAAUACAGAAUUGAAGAGAGAAGUAGCUACCCAAUAAUACAGUUGACUGUGAGCCACAUGGAUUUGAACUGCAUAGGUACAUUUAUGUGUGAACUUUUUUCAACCAAACUCAGAUUGAAAAUACAAUAUUCAUGGGAUGUGAAACCCACAUAUAUGAAGGGCCAAAUUUUUAUAUACACUGGUUCUACAGGGCUGACCACAAGACUUGAGUAUGUAUGCAUUUUGAUAUACCAGAGUUCUUGGAACCAAUCCCCCACAUAUACUAAGGGUCAGCUGUACUAGGACACUUCAUACCUCACUUUCAAAUAGCCAGACCAAAGAUAAGUAAGAAAAACAAACAAACAAACAAAGAUAAGUAAGGAAAUAGAGGAUCUGAAGAAUAUUAUACACAAAAUUGACCUAAAACACAUAUAUGGAAUAACCCACACAACAACAACAGAAUAUACAUUUUCUUAUUUGCACAUGGAAUAUUCUCCAGGAUAGCUAUAUAUUAGACCACAAAUCAAAUGUUAAUAAAUUUUAAAUUUUAAUACAAUAAAAUACAUUUUUUCCAAUUACAAUCUAGAUCACAAAAACUAGAAAUGAUAGCAGCAAGAAAAGUGAAAAUUCACAAGUAUGUGGAGACUAAACACAUUCCUAAAUAACAUAUAUGUCAGAGUAAAUUAGAAGUGAAAUUAGAAAAUAUAUGGAGACCAUUGAAAAUAAAAACGACGUGCCAAAAUUUAUCGGAUGAGGUAAAAGCAGUAAUAGGUGGGAAUUUUGUACCUGUAAAUGCUUAUAUUAAAGAAAGAAAUAUCUUAAAUUCACAACCUAAUUUUAUAUUCAUGAACUACAAAAAGGCAAAGAAUUUGAACCAGAAAGCUAGUAGAAGGAAAGAAAGAAUACCGAUUAAUGCAAUGACAAAUGGAGAAUAGAAAAACAGAAAAUUAACCAAACGAAGAUCUGGUUGUUCCAGAAGAUUAAGAAACUUGAGAAACCUAUAGUUAGAUUGACUAAAAAAUAGAGAAUCCUCAAGAAACAAAAUUUACACACAAAAAUGUGAACAUUACUGCAAAUUUUAGAGAAAUAAAAAUGAUUAUAAUAGAGCACUAUCUUUAACUGUAUGCCAACAAAUUGUACAACCUAGAUAAAAUAGACAAAUCCCUUAAAACAUAUACCCUACCAAAAAUGAAUCAUGAAGACAGAAAAUCUGAGUAGAUCCUUAACUAGUAAGGAGAUUGAAUCAGUAACCCAGCACCUCCCAACAAAGAAAGCCCAAAACUAGGUGGCUUCACUGGUUAAUUAUUCCAUUUAAAAAAAAGUAUUUUUAUUUUUAGUAACCCUUAUUUUACUUAGUAAGAAUUAUUCCAAACAUUUAAGGAACAUUUAACACCAUAACUCCUCAACCUCUUCCCAAAUAGGCAAGAGGAGGGAAUGCUUCCUAGUUCCUUCUCUGAGGCCAGGAUUACCAUGGUACCAAACCAGAGAAAGACAUUGCAUGAAAAUUAUACAUCAACAUCCCAUAUGAAUACUGAUGCAAGACUCUACCAUAAAAUAUCAGCAAAAUUCAGUAGCAUAUUAAAAGGAUUAUGCUCAAUGACUAAACAUUUAUUCCUGGAAUGCAAAUAUAAUUUAUGACUCAACAUACAAAUAUUAAUGUAUUAUGCUGCAUGAACAGAUUGAAAGAUAUAAAAAUAUAAUCCACACGAUCAUGUCAGUGAAUGCAGAAAAUUCAUUUAACAAAAUUCACACUUUUAUGAUUAAAAUACCAC